AUGACAAAGUUAAUAGUACAUAUUGCUUUUUUCAUCUAUUGCCAGGCUGCCGCCCCAGCGGCACCUGGAGGAGGAGGACAAGCGCCAAAUCAAGCAUUAGGUGCGGAGAUUACCACAGAUUACAAAGCUGAGAAGUUAUGGGAUGAUAGUCUAUUAAUGACGAUAACAAAAGUAGAAGAAUCAAUAAUAAUGAAUUGUAGUUCAACGGAAGAUGGAAAAUCGCUUAUUUUGGAGGAGAAGCCGUUUCUGUUUAUGAGAGACUCUCUUAAUUUGAUAAAGUGA